UCGUGCCGUCCGACAAGCGCCUCACAGCCUCACCGCGCAGCCCGAGCCGCCGCCGGGCGCACUUCGCCAUAGGACCGCAGCGCUCCGGGUCGACGUCGUCGCUGGUGAAGGCGGCCCUCUACCAGUCCAUGCACGGACGGUCGCAGUCUCUGCCCUUCAUACAGAGGCCCGCCCAGCGCGCCGCCAACAAGGAGAUCAACCGACUGCGAGUGGACGCGUUGACGACUAUUCUGUCCGGAUUGUACGCCAAGCUGCUCGUGGUGCUGGGCGUCGCAUUUCCUAUGGCCGAGACUAUAUCGGCGCAUGUUCCUGCUUCCUUCUACGAGGGCUUCUACGUGUUCCUGUACGCGGGCAGCAUGCUGUUCCUGCUGCUGCUGUACUGUUGCCUGCUCAAGGAGCGGGCCCUAGACUCGGUGGUCCAGAGCCACCACGCCGAGAGCGGCGGCCGCCGCCGCAAGAUCUCUGCCACCGCGUCGGCGCCGCGCUCCCGUUACGGCAGCUUCUACCUGCGCAUGGGCGCCGUCGCUUUCGGCAUCGGUAGCAUGAUAUAUUCUGGGCUGGAGUUUGGCCAGUUCUUCGAGUUGGAGAAGAACCCCAAAUGCUACAACGUCAUGCUGUCUGUGACGCCCAUCGCCCGGAUGAUCUUCAUCAUCAUGCAGAUGCAGUUCAUAUUCCUCAGCAACAAGCAACUUAAAGUUCGCACCUACCACGUGCCCAUGAGGUUCGGCCUGAUGCACAUGAUUGCCUGCAACGUCUGCGUCUGGCUCAACGUCCUCAUUCAGGAGACCAAGCACGAGAUCAUCGCACUCUACUCGACAAGUUCAGAGUUGAACUCAGUUGGAGGAGAGAUCAACGCCACAAUCACAACGACGGAGGCGUCUCCAGCUGCGCUGAACAUCACGACACAAAAUACAACCCUACUGAAUGCGACACACUCGAAUGUCGGGAGCGAAUUCGGGCGACUGAAGGGUCUUCAAGACCUGCGCGAGUGCCGGCGUUCCAACAUCAUGGGCUCGCUGGUGCAGAAUGCGUCGCCCUUUCUGUUCCCCUGCACCAUCGAGUACUCCCUCAUCUGCGCCGUCAUCCUCUACGCCAUGUGGAAGGACGUCAACGCCUACUCCAGGGGCCGACAGAGCUACUCUGGUGCCUACGGCAACAAGAUCAGCACUACCAAGGCGCCGUCGGCGCUGCAGCCGGCGCUGUACCCCGGCGGGCAGUCGGGCCAGCAGAUCUCGGUGGACUGCGCGAGCGCGCACAAGGGCCUGUUCGCCGGCGUGCUGGUGCUCGUGCUCACCAUCCUGUCGCUCAUCCUGUUCUGCGUGCUGAGCCGCGACCGCGCGCUGCUCCAGAUCAACGCCUGCGAGCUCACGCUCUACUCGGCCGCCGUCAUCGCCACGCUGCUCAGCAUGUGGCGCAUGCGCCACCUGGAAUACGACACGUGCCGGCGCUUCGAGCUGGACAACAUGCUGCUGGUGACGGCGCAGACGGGACUGUACGUGUACACGCUCUUCUCCAUCAUCGCGGGCUACUUCUCGGCCGGCACGGGCGCUGACGCGGCGCCCGGCGUGGUGGUGAUGUCGGUGAGCGCGCUGCUGCAGACCACGCUGCAGACGGUGUUCAUCCUGGACGCGUGGUGGCGGCGGUGCGGCAACCCCGCGCAGGCUCGCGCCAAGCCCGGCCGCCAGCUCGUCACCUUCCUGCUGGUGACCAACAUGGCGCUCUGGGCCGUGUCGCGCCUCCAGAACUCGCGCGCCGACUUCCACCCCGUCGAGCUGCGCUUCUACGGCUUCUGGGUGUGGACCAUCAUCACGCACGUCGCCAUGCCACUGGCCGUCUUCUAUCGCUUCCAUUCUACCGUCUGCCUCUGCGAGAUCUGGAAGAGCGCCUACAAGAUGAGGCUGCCGGUCAGAAAGUAAUGGCAGAUCCGGACUCGGCUCGGUCCUCGUCAUCGUUUGAUCUGCCUCGGGUAUUUGGUCCUGGAGGUGGUACACCAUGGUUCAACGAAGAGAAAACCGGAUCUAAUGGUCCUAAACGAACGAAGCCUUGAAUUAGGUUUUUGAUUGUUCAUAUCAGCCAUUAUUGUUUUGUGAUCCUGAGUCUGAAGACUGCCAGGGUGCAGUUUCCACACUAGUCUACCCUGUGAUAACCUCUUCAUCUCUACAUAACUAUUAUAACCUACAUCGAUUUGCACCUGCUUACUGCAUUCAAGCCUUGGUCUAACUCUGUAAUUUUUACCGUCCACACGUUCUUCCAUUGCCAAAUUAUCAUGUCCUUAAUAUCUCAGACUGUGCCCUAUCAACUAAAGUAUUCUUUUAAUAAACUUCUUACACCCAAAAUUUCCUUGCAGCACAUCUCAGUUCUGUGCCUGCUCAGACAUAUCACCUCAGUUUAUAAGUGAGAUGUAUUCCGAAUUCAGUAUUAAUGGUUCUGAACGAUAAAAAAGUUUCGAAAUUUGAUGUGCAAUGUAGGCUGCUCAUAUUGUAGGCGUUUAGUCUAAAUUUAAAGUCGUUUAAGUAUCCAUUUACGAUAAUAUAUUAACGACGAAAUAUUAGUUCGAACAUAAUCUCAAAU